UCAAACGUUUGAUGAAAGAGGCUGCAGAACUGAAGGAUCCUACGGAUCACUAUCAUGCACAGCCUUUGGAGGAUAACCUUUUUGAAUGGCACUUUACCGUUAGGGGCCCUCCAGAUUCAGAUUUCGAUGGAGGGAUUUAUCACGGGCGAAUAGUACUACCACCGGAAUAUCCCAUGAAACCACCCAGCAUUAUUUUGCUGACGGCCAAUGGCAGGUUUGAAGUGGGGAAGAAAAUUUGUUUAAGCAUCUCAGGGCAUCAUCCUGAAACAUGGCAGCCUUCAUGGAGUAUAAGAACCGCUUUACUAGCCAUUAUUGGAUUUAUGCCAACCAAAGGUGAAGGAGCAAUAGGAUCUCUAGAUUAUACACCAGAAGAAAGAAGAGCUCUUGCAAAGAAGUCACAAGACUUCUGUUGUGAAAUGUGUGGCACAUCUAUGAAGACAGCCCUCUUACCACUAACAUCUGGACGUGUGUCAAGCCAGGCAGACAAGGAAGCUAAAGAACUUGCCAGACAAAUUAGCUUCAAGGCAGAAGUCAAUUCAUCCAGGAAGUCUGAUGCUGGACCCUCACACACGUCAGGAUUGAACCACUCUGCCGCUUCACGUGAGCCCCCGCAGGAUGGUGCAGCUAGAGCGUUCCAGGAUCCAACAAGUGCAACGUCUGAAACUGAGAAUAACGGUGCAGCGGCCAGUCAAGAGCAUACUCCGCCUGUGUCUACCAACACGUCUAUGAGUCCUCGGCAGCGCCGUGCCCAGCAGCAGAGUCAGAGACGGGCUCCAUCUUCAACUGACUUUAAUCGGGUACAGCAGCCAAGAGUCAACAUGAACCACACUGGAUCAACUGUUCUGAUUGUCCUUCUGACUUUUGCAUUGGCAGCUCUUAUAUUUCGUAGAAUAUGUUUGGCUAACGAGUAUAUAUUUGAGUUAUAAGGUUGUUUCUGUCAUAACAGCAGUGACUUGAAUGCUUCAUUGAACAUUCUGUAUUGGGUAUGACAUGAGAACUGUUUACAAAG